GACAUCUGUGACCAUGAAGCCUUGUGUCUCCUCCUUGCUGCUGGCCUGGAUCAGUAUCCUGCACUGCACAUGGGCUGAAUUCUUCACCUCAAUUGGACAGAUGACAGACUUGAUUUAUGCAGAGAAAGACCUAGUUCAGUCUCUGAAAGAAUAUAUCAGAGCAGAAGAAGCCAGACUCUUCAAGAUUAAAAGCUGGGCUGAAAAAAUGGAUAUUUUGACAAGCAAGUCAACCUCUGAUCCUGAGGGCUACCUGUCUCACCCAGUAAAUGCCUACAAGCUGGUGAAGCGCCUAAAUACAGAUUGGCCAGCUCUGGAGAGCAUGGUCUUACAGGAUAGCUUACAGGAGCUGAGUGGUUUUAUUGCCAAUCUCACCAUGCAGCGCCAGUUCUUCCCCACGGAAGAGGACGAGACCGGAGCAGCCAAGGCACUAAUGCGCCUUCAGGACACGUACAAACUGGAUCCUGACACUAUUUCCAGGGGAGACCUGCCAGGAACCAAGUAUCGCUCCACGCUGAGUGCAGAUGACAGCUUCGGCAUGGGUAAGACAGCCUACAACGAUGGGGACUACUACCACACGGUUCUGUGGAUGCAGCAGGCGCUGAAGCAGCAUGACGAUGGUGAGGAUGCCACCACGUCCAAAGCUGAAAUCUUGGACUACCUCAGCUAUGCCGUCUUUCAGCUUGGGGACCUUCACAGGGCAGUGGAACUCACCCGUCGCCUGAUUUCUCUCGACCCUAGUCAUGAAAGAGCCGGGGGGAACCUGCGGUACUUUGAGACGCUGUUAGAGAAAGAAAGGCUUGGAAAGAGGUUAAAUAAGACUUCAGAGGCUGAACCAGCAACCCAAGGGGGCAUCUAUGAGAGGCCUCCAGACUACCUGCCUGAGAGAGAUGUUUACGAGGCCCUCUGUCGAGGGGAAGGCGUUAAACUGACACCCCGGAGACAGAAGAGACUUUUCUGUAGAUACCACGACGGCAACAGGGCACCCCAGCUGCUGAUUGCCCCCUUCAAGGAGGAGGACGAGUGGGACAGCCCACACAUUGUAAGAUACUAUGAUGUCCUGUCAGAUGAGGAGAUUGAGAAGAUCAAGGAAAUCGCCAAGCCUAAACUGGCAAGAGCCACAGUCCGUGACCCAAAGACAGGUGUCCUCACCGUGGCCAACUACAGGGUUUCUAAAAGCUCGUGGCUAGAGGAAGAUGAUGAUCCUGUCAUUGCCCAAGUGAACAGAAGAAUGCAGUACAUCACAGGAUUGUCUGUAAAGACGGCUGAAUUGCUACAGGUUGCUAAUUAUGGAAUGGGAGGACAGUAUGAGCCCCAUUUUGACUUCUCCAGGCGGCCUUUUGACAGCGGCCUGAAAACGGAGGGGAAUAGGUUAGCGACAUUUCUAAACUAUAAAGGUGAGCCAGAUGCUUUCAAGCGUUUAGGGACGGGGAAUCGUGUGGCCACGUUCUUAAACUACAUGAGUGAUGUCGAAGCUGGUGGGGCCACAGUAUUCCCAGAUUUUGGGGCAACAAUUUGGCCCAAAAAGGGCACAUCAGUGUUCUGGUAUAAUCUCUUUCGCAGCGGGGAAGGUGACUACCGGACACGACACGCAGCCUGCCCAGUGCUUGUUGGCAGUAAAUGGGUUUCCAAUAAAUGGUUCCAUGAGCGGGGGCAGGAGUUCUUGAGACCGUGUGGAUCAACAGAAGUCGACUGACCUCCCUUCUGGCUCCGGCCUCCCCAGUGCUCUUUCAAUGCCUUCCCCUGCCCUUCUAGAUCAUUCCAUCGGCCAGGGCAGCUCAGAAUUGUCCCAACUGGUCUCUCAAGAAGUGGCCAUUUGUGAGCACAGUGAAGGUAGAAUGGGGAGGGAAGGGGGGGUGGGUUAUUGUAUCCCCCCCCCCCCCUCUCCACACACAUUGAUCUCUACUCCCUGCUAGUUUCUGGCUGUCCACUAGUGGUGCAGGAUGUGUGGCUGCCAAGCUAGUCUAUCUGGUUCUGUGAUGAUUUUUCCCAGAUGGUUUUGAUACUAAAUAUUUCCUCAAACCAAAGUUUUAAAACAUUAUGUGUUCAUUUAAUUUUAUUGUGUUUCUAUGGCUUGUGGAAUUUACCUGGAAAAUAAAUAUUUCUAGACAAAGGUCA